AUGUGUCUGUCUUUGAUAGAAAUUUUCAAGAUAGUCGAGAAGUUCCGCGCUCUUGCUUUUGCACGUAAAGGAAAGGGAUUCUUCGCCAUCACUGAAAGUCUUGUUCCAUUUACGAGAGUUUAUCAGACGACGCUGCCUGGAGGUACGUAUUGCGAUGUGUGGAGCGGAUAUCUCAAAGAUGGUGUAUGCACAGGAAAAAAUAUCACAGUUGAAAGCGAUGGCGCAGCUGAGAUAGAUGUUUUUCCCGUUGUAGCUAUCUCGCUGGCUUCAAAAAUUGAUACAUCGGAGACGACGAUUCCUUCGCAAACUUCAAGGCUGACAACUCACCAUCCUCAGUCAUCAGAGACGUCUUCUCCCUCGCAUCCUACGCAGACUGUUACUCAGACAACGCCAACACAGUCAUCCUCAAAACUCUUCUAUUCCAUUUGCUUUUGCAUUCUAUCAUUUUCAUUUUUGCCUUCCUUGAUUAUGCCUACACAAGAGGCUCUUUGA